AGAAAACCCUUUUUGUUUUGGGAAUCACCAUCAUAUGUAUAUAAACCUCCACUUGGUUUCCUAAUUCCCGAUCAUUCAAGCAAUACAAAUUUUAGAGUUUUCCUUGUUCUACUUUUCUUCUAACAUCAAUGAGGGCUACCAAGAACAUGACAAGUUCUUGCAAUGAAGAAGAGUUUGAUCAACUGAAAAGAGGGCCAUGGACACUUGAGGAGGACAAUCUUCUUAUCCGUUAUAUCACUUGUCAUGGUGAAGGCCGUUGGAAUUCGCUAGCAAAAUCUGCAGGAUUGAAAAGAACAGGAAAAAGUUGUAGAUUAAGAUGGUUGAAUUAUCUAAAACCAGAUACCAAGCGUGGAAAUCUCACACCACAAGAACAGCUCUUGAUCCUCGAACUCCAUUCAAAGUGGGGCAAUAGAUGGUCCAAAAUUGCCCAACACUUGCCGGGAAGAACCGAUAAUGAGAUCAAGAAUUACUGGAGAACAAGGGUACAGAAACAAGCUCGCCACCUUAAGAUCGACUGUAGUAGUAAGAGGUUUGUAGAAGCACUUCACCAAUUUUGGAUACCAAGGUUGCUUGAGAAAGUAGAGCAAACCUCAUCAUCAUCAUCAGCAUCAACUGCUUCUACUUCGACCAUGAAAACCGAACAAAACAAAUUAAGUCCUCAUUCACAAUCCGAACAGACCCUAUUUGCAGUAUCGUCUCCAACGACCAACCAAGGGUCUACUAACUCAAGAUCAAGCAUUCGUGCAUCAGAUUCUUCUGGGAAAAUGUUGCCACAGCUUCCUGAAAUGUCACAACUUUAUGAGGACACUGCCUUCCAUGACUCAUCGCUCCAACACGAUGACUGUUAUAAUGUGGAUAUAGGGAGUUUUGACAUGAUGGGCUUUGGGCAGGCGGAUGACAUGUCAGCCUUGAACUUCCAGAUGACAGAUACUGAUUGGAUAGCCAGUGGUGGCAUGGCAACAGACACAUACUGGAACAUGGACGAGUUAUGGCAAUUCAGAAAAUAGAUAAUAAUAUUGACCUUGAUAUCUGUCGUCAAAUGGUCUUAAUUAAUCUCUCUCAAGUAAUUUCUAAUUAUGGAAGAGUUGAUAGUUUAUACGUAGAUAGGACCUCGUUUUAAGAGAGUCCCAAAGUCUCUAAUCUUACAAGCAGAAGUGUAUAUGGUGAAGUAAUACGUUUAUUAUGCUCUUCGGUAUAGCAUAAAGUUGCAAUUGGUGUCUAUUGUUAAUGUCAAUUUUUUUCCUUCCAUUUGUCCACUUGUUUUAAGGAUCCAUCAUAACGCAGUUUCAUAAAUCCCUAU